AACCACAAGCAAACUGCAAUCUCCAAUUUAGAAGAGUACCUGUACCUCAGCGAGGAGGUUCUCCCCCCCUCUUGGUUGUUAACACCAGCUGUAUUUUUGUCUGUCUAGGUUCAAACUUAUUUUUUCAAGACUAGCGGGGGGAAUAUAAACAAACCACAAGGACUGGCCGAAGAAUCAUUUUGGGCUGGGGUCAUGGCUUCCAACAGCAUAUUUGACUCGUUUGCAACCUAUUCGUCAACCUUCCUCCGUGACCCCAGCACCAGCCGGCGCUUCACACCUCCCUCCACGGCCUUCCCCUGCGGUAAGAUGGGAGAGAACAGCGGGGCGCUGAGCGCGCCGGCGCCGGGCUCCCGAAGUCGGCCCGAGGUGCGCUCGGUGGUGGACGUGCUGGCGGACCACGCGGGCGAGCUGGUGCGCACAGACAGCCCCAACUUCUUGUGCUCGGUGCUGCCUUCGCACUGGAGGUGCAACAAGACCCUGCCGGUGGCCUUCAAGGUGGUAGCCCUUGGAGAUGUACCUGAUGGGACUGUAGUCACAGUCAUGGCUGGAAACGAUGAGAAUUAUUCUGCAGAGCUCAGAAAUGCCUCCGCAGUCAUGAAAAAUCAAGUGGCAAGGUUUAAUGACCUCAGAUUUGUUGGGCGAAGUGGCAGAGGAAAAAGCUUUACAUUGACAAUCACAGUGUUCACAAACCCCACACAAGUCGCUACCUAUCACCGAGCCAUUAAAGUGACUGUGGAUGGACCCCGGGAACCAAGAAGGCACAGACAAAAGCUAGAAGACCAAGCCAAGCCCUACACAGACCGCUAUAGCGAACUGGAACGUCUGCGCCAGUCUAUGAGAGUUACCCCAACAACUCCCAAUCCCCGAGGAUCCCUGACCGCCCCAGGCCACUUUGGGUCACAGACUCAGACUCCAAUACAAGGCACGUCGGAUCUGAGCCCCUUCUCCGACCCACGUCAGUUUGAUCGCUCCUUUCCCACGCUGCCGGCCCUCACCGAAACCAGGUUUUCUGACCCCCGGAUGCAUUACCCCGGCGCGAUGUCAGCGGCCUUCCCUUACACCGCCACGCCCUCAGCCACGGGAAUCAGUGGCCUCAGCAUGACCAGCAUGCCCACCACAACCCGCUUCCACCAUACCUACCUUCCGCCACCCUACCCUGGCUCCACCCAGAACCAAAGUGGACCCUUCCAAACCAACCCCUCCCCUUACCAUUUGUACUACGGUACGUCAUCCGGAUCAUACCAGUUCUCCAUGGUGGCGGGGGGGGAGCGCUCGCCCACGAGGAUGCUGUCCUGCACGAGCGCCUCGGCAGGCAACAACUUAAUGAAUCCCAACCUUGCCAAUCAGAAUGAUGGAGUGGAUGCGGAUGGUAGUCACAGUAACUCGCCUACAGCCAUGACGACCACCGGGAGGAUGGAUGAGUCUGUCUGGAGACCCUACUAGAAAGGACUCAAGUAGGCACGUGUAACUUGAACUGAAUAAAAUGCCCACCAAUGUGUUACUCUUGUCAAUCGCGAAUAGAGCAAAAUGAGGCCUAGCACGGGACGCCUCCCAAUCUGAAGGCAAGUCAGGAUCCUUCCUUCAUCAAUAUAGGUAAUUGGCAAGCAAAGACGGACCAGAGCUGUAUACAGUUCAAGACACGCGUCCACAAGGCUUGACUUGGUCACUCAGUAAGGUCCCUUUGGUCUCUCUGAAAUGGGUGGAUUGUAUAUAGGAGUGUGUGGAAUCAGAUGUUUGUUAAUCGCGCAGCUAUGGCUAUGUUCGAAAUGCCGAUCAAUCAUCUCGCUCUUAACCAAAAAAACCCUGCCCUCCUGCAGAAUCAUAGGUAUUAGAGAAAAUUUUACAAAGCCCUCAGAAAUCAGCCAGUCCAUCUCUCUGCAAAUACAGGAAGAAUGAACUAAGACGCCUUAGCCACUCGCCCCUUCCAGAAAAGGGCCUUUAACCACCAAAUGAACUCAGUAAGGAUACCAGAGCUGCCCGCAUCAGCUGAGACGCGAGUCUUGUUUACAGCAAAACAGAUGUGACUGGCUCUCGCUGACGCAGUUAAGGCUCUGAAGAACAUUGCUAGCGAGUGAGCAGGUAUCAGCCAUGUGAACAAGUGCUGUGAUAUGACUUGGAACGUGGCUGUAUUGUGAUUUUUGUAUUGUUUUGUUUUUAACGGUAACAUGGCUGAUCUCACGCUUGACGACCUCCCCAAUCCCCUUCCCAUAUGUUUACAUGAGAUGUAAUUUUUUUACACAAUGUGUUUUCCUUUUGUCCUGACAUGGACGUUAAGUUCUUGCUACUUCUAGUUAGUCUCGAUGGUUGCGUCCGAGACGAAGAAUGCGUUUGGGACAAUCUAGUGUGUGAGGUGCACUUACAAACAUGUUUGCUGCAAAGAGGGCUCGGAAGCCUUUGGAAUCGUACGAAAUCCAGGAUAGCGGCUUCUCCUCUCUCAUUUCCAAGCGGCACACAGGCAGCUGUGGCAACACUUAGUAUUUAUUUUAUGGUUCUCUUCCAUUUUUGCACCCAGAGUGGCUCAACACACCAUGCAUCUGUGCUUAAAGAAAGGAGAUUGUCAGCUGAUUCUUAAAGUACUGACUGAGAUUUGAAUGACCCCUCCAUUUUAAAUAAAAUGUAACUCCCUGGUUUUUUGGGGUUUUUUUAGACAAAUGAAAUCAUAAUCUAUAGCACCUCUCAUCUCAAAGUGCUUAGCAUAAUUAUUCUUCAUAUCACAGGCCCUGCAGUGAUUUAGGGCACUAUUAUUAUCCCCAUUUUACAGACAGGUAAACUGAGGUAGCAGGCUUUGUCUAAGGCCAUGUUCAGUGGCACUAUUGACCCACGCAUACCACCAGUACCGGAGCAGCAGCUAGAGGCCUCAGCUGAGAUUAUGGCCCAUCGUGCUGGGUGCUGCACAGACACAUAGUGACCAUCCUCCACAGUGACCUUACAACUGAAAUAGACAAAGCGCAAGGAAGUAAAUGAGACAUCACACAGUAGCUCUGUGGCAGAGUCUGGGCUAGAACCCAGCAUUCCUGGGAUCUCCCUGGACCAUACUGCCCCUCCACAUUGCUAGCUGACAAAAGUUAGCUCCCUGGGCUUCAAACAGGAAUUAGGACCUGAUCCUAACAUAACCUUACUCACACUAGUUGUUCCAUUGAAGACAAUGAGACGACUCCUGUGAAUAAAGUACGUUUGCUUGUAUAACAGUUUGCCCCAUCAGCCUGAAAGUGGGUUGGAAGAGCUGCCACACUAGCCACACACUAACUGAACGUAGCGAACCAGUGGCAGGGUAGGUGGGACCAGAACCCAGGACUCGUGUGUUGCAAUAGCUAUUUUAAGGAGAGGGGGGUCCUGCUCCCGUGUUGCAGUGAAACGUGUACGCCCAUGCAAAAUGGAUACAAAAUACUACUGAAUCAGACUGGAAGCAUUUUCCCUCCACUUUGCACAUGGCGACGGGUGAUUGAGAGUCAGGGCCUAGAAUUCGAUUCCCAGUCUUGUUAAAUAGGAUGGUCCCAUGGGAGCUGGGUGCAUCAGUCAGUAUCUUUUAGGAUCUGAACUAGAGGUCUCCUGUAGUUGUGUAGCCACUUCAGAUGAGACGCAUUAAUAAUAAUGCUGAAGCUUAGUUCUAAGUUCAUCAUAACUCUGUGAGUAUUUAACAAAGCAUGUGGCUGGAAGCAAGCAUCUGUCUAGCAGGGUGAUGUAGGCCCAGAGCUGCCCCUUUUUUCCCCUUAACCAAUUAUGAAACUGCUACUACUCAGUGGUGGGGGGUUAAAGUUAUCAUGAGAAUUAUUUGGCAUCUGGUUGCUUAUGUUUGAGUGAGUUAAGGUUGAAUUUCAAUGAGCCCUUGAGCUAGGGUGACCGGACAGCAAGUGUGAAAAAUCGGGACGGGGUGGGGGGUAAUAAGAGUCUAUAUAAGAAAAAGACCCAAAAAUCAAGACAGUCCCUAUAAAAUCUGGACAUCUUGAGCACCUUUGAAAAUUCCACCCUACGCACCACAGCUAAAGCAAAGAUGGAUGGCUUAUCAAAUCUCAGUGGGUAUCUUUCCAGCAAUCAAAUGACAUAUAAUGCCUAGAAAUUGCACUACCGUUUAAAUAUGGGGUUGAGACAUCAAAUCAUACAUACCGGGAUUUAGUUGUAAAGCUGCAAUGACCACUCAUGGAUUUAAAAACCGCAAACUCCACUUGCCUUAGCAAACAGCAAGCCCAUGCCUCUUGAUUGCUAUCUGUCUGUCAAACUGGACUAUGGCAGCCUGUCUUGUGAUGCAUUCAAAGCCAUCAGUACAAUAUUUCCACUGAUAGCACAAAGAAAACAAGGAAUUCUUCAUACCAAUUUAAUGGUGUUCAUGGAGUAUUUAAAACCAAAAAAAAUAAUAAUAAAAAUCUGCAACUAUGUUCCUUUAUGACAUAUUGUGUCAUAUGAAGGGGUAAAUACAGGCAUCUCUAUUUUAUGCAAAUGGUCACAAGACUGGCCAAAAGAAUUUGCUUUGCACUAUCAUUUGCUUUUUUUAAAAAAAAUAAAUAAAUGCACAAUUGCUUGUACAGUAAAACCUUUGUCUGGCUUAUGAAAUAUUUAACUGUAAAAUCUAAUUUUUUGGUCUUAUGUGUUAUAAUAAUAUAAUUCUUAAAUAUGUUGAAGGAUCCAGUUCUUAAUAAUGCUUCCUCGACUUGUGCGUGCAGGGUCAAAAACCAGAAACAACCAAAAAGUGAGAACGGAAGAAAGAUCUUGCUGUAGCUAAAGAGGGCAGAGCUUGUCUAUGUGUUUUGUUUAAAUGGAAUUUUGGGACGGCCAUUGCAAAAAUGCUAGCAAUACCAAAUAAUGUGGAUUUUUGUGUAAUAUACCAGCCCUACUUGAAGGUAACUCCCUAUAUUUAAUAUGUAGCCCAUCUUUUUACCUGUAGCACUUGUCACUGGGGAGGAAGGGGGUCUGCGCCCAUUGAAGUCAUUAGCGAAGCUCUCACUGCGGAUGAUUCUGCUGCUUUUAGCUUCAGUGAGCACAGAAUCAGGCCCCCUCUUCUUGGCCUAUCUUGUGAAUAGGUGGACUCGAGUUUGUAAGAAGCCAUAGCGAAGUGGCCAGUUCUGCUUUUCUAUUAUAAACGUUGAUGUUCUUAUCAAAUGUACGUGAUUAUCUUGUCAGGCAUCUGUGUAAUCAUUUUAAGGCCUUUCCACAUGGAAUAAUAAAUGUAUGGUUACAAGUCUC